AUGGCCACUCAAGCCUCCGCUACUGCGUACGAUCGUUUCAUCUGCUCCUUACAAGAUCACGCUAAGUUGGGAGUCUACCGCAUUCGGCUGGACAAUAUCGAACACCCUCGGAUCCCCCAGAACCGGUUCCCGAACGUCAGUCGGCUCAAGAAAACCUUCCUCGUCCAAAAAUGCUUGCGUCAUAACCCGCAGAACUACAUCACGGCGACAAUCUCGCAUGACAUAUUUGCGCACCGCAGCUCGGUCAAACAGGCAAGUGACGGAGUGAAUGAACUGUUACUUCGCGCGGAGGACAAAGUGUAUUGUUUGCAUGGAUCCUGCCGAAUUCAGGCCGCAAAAACAGUCCUGCGUGACGGAGAUCGUUGGUGGACAGUUACACUCUACAGAGAAAACAUUGAUGCGAGGGCAAAUAGGAAUCUUCGCGACGCGUUCGCCAAUCAGCUGUCACCUCUUGAUGGCACGAUAUAUGUCAACCUACAAAAGAGUCUACGAGACAAUGACUUGGCCGAGACGGAACAAUGGCGCGCGUACUUGACCACCAGCAAGAGACGCUAUCUUCGUCAAUUAUCCAACACUCACGGAGGCAUCAUAGAUGCUUUUAACCAGUUAUUGUUUAUGGAACCCUUGUUCCUAGGAAAGCAGGCAUUUCACAUUGGCGUUUUCCACAAAUUGGGUAAUCUUCAUUGUGACGAAGUACCGCUCGCAUUCUAUCGUGAUCUGAUCCUGUCACUAACCAGGAUAUCAGGAAUUAGUUAA